AUGUCAAAUCCAGCAUUGCAAGUGUACGGUGGUGAUGAGAUAUCAGCAGUGGUGAUUGACCCCGGUUCUUAUAAUUUGAACGUGGGACAUUCCGGUACCGAUUGCCCACAAGUUUCAACGCCGUCGAGUUAUGGAGGAUUUACAGGUGAAGAGAAUAAGAAGCGGAUAUUUUCUGAGCAAGCUAUGAAGAUUGCACGAGAAAACUAUGAAAUCAAGCCUGUUGUCGAGAAUGGUUGUAUUACAGAUUGGGACGCUGCGGAAGAACAGUGGACGUGGGCCAUUGAAAACGAAAUGAGAUACGAAACAACCAAAGGGAUUCCAGCAUUUUUGACAGAACCCAUUUGGAACAAUGAUCAAAACCGGAAAAAAUCUUUAGAAGUGUUGCUGGAGAGUUUGGAAUUUGAAGCCUGCUACAUUGCACCUACACCGACUUGUGUGUCUUUCUCUAUGGGCAGACCGACUUGUUUAGUCGUGGACAUUGGGCACGACGUCGCGAGUGUCAGCCCUGUCAUUGACGGUAUGACCCUAACGAGGAACUCGACUCGAAAUUUUUUAGCAGGUCGGUUCAUGAACUCAAUUAUCGAAAAACAAAUGGAACCUAUUCAAGUUUGGCCAUUGUUCAAAGUGGCCUUUAAAAAGCCUCAAUUUGUCGAAAAGAAGUUCCCCUUUAGCGUGGACGAUUCACUCUCGACGUUUGCUACUGCCCGCGAGUUUUACCAAGAGUGUAAAGAAACGAUGCUGCAUAUUGCUCCCGUGAAUCUGGCGAAGUUCAAAGAAGACCUAAUCAAUACUUCCAAGAGAUCGCUAGAGGCUCCAUGGGGCCAGAAUAUUGUUUUUGAUAGUGAAACGCGUUACGGUUUCGGAGAACAGCUCUUUAAUCCUCAAAGUGAGAAUCUCAUAAAUUGGCCAACUUCUAUAGAUGGUGUCGUUGAGUCUUGGCAUAACGAUUACGUUCCACCCAAGAGAACAAAACCAAAUAAUAGCAACAAAGACAAGGAAGCAACGGCCGAAUCUACGCCCGCACCACCUGACGGAGCGGCAGUGGUAGCGGGUUCCGAAACCAUUAAUGAGAAUGGUAAACGACCACUCGAUGAACCCCAGGAGAGGGAGAACUCGGCAGCUGGUUUAAGUGAUCUGGUCUACUCUGCUAUUAUGAAUACAGAUGUGGAUCUACGAGCAGCCUUGGCCUACAAUGUCAUUGUUACAGGUGGCACAUCAUCGAUACCGGGUCUAACUGACAGGUUGAUGGAUGAAAUGAAUAGAAAAUUACCCGCUCUCAAGUUUAGAAUGCUCACCACGGGACAUCUGCGAGAAAGACAGUAUCAGGCAUGGCUCGGAGGCAGCAUCUUAUCUAGUCUUGGCACUUUUCAUCAGCUUUGGGUAGGCCGGAGAGAAUACGAAGAAGUGGGUGCCGAACGACUUCUAAAGGACAGAUUUAGGUAA